CCUUUGGAUACAGUUCACUUGUAUAUAGGUCUGGUGCCGACCACAUCAUCAGGUCCCUCUGGUGGAGGCCCGUCUGUCACUGCAGCUUGUUAGACGCAGGAGAAAAACUGUAAAUGAUUUGAUAUAGCAAAAGAACAUUAAUCAACAGAUGACAAAUAGUUAAAACUUUAAAUUGCAUUUCAGCGGGGAUGAUUUUUUUUGUUUUUUUUGUCCAUUACUUUCAGGUUUUUUUUCCUUUUUCAGUUCUUGUUUGAACAGAUUAUGAAGGGUUGUCAUCGAUGCUUUAUGAUGCCUUAAGAUCAGUAACACAGUGUAAAAAGUGUGAUAGUAUCAGUGAGAGCAUGUAGCGUUUUUCUCUGCAUCUGUGCUCAGUGGAUUUCUUGUUCAUUCUACCAACACUACUAACAUUUCUACUUGUACUUCAAUGACCUCUUCCUCUUCUUGUGUUCCUGUAUGUUCAGACCGGCUCAUCAAUUUGAGAUGGUCACAUCGAGCGAUCAGCUGAUCUGUGCUGCUGACGAUGAGGGGAGUCUGCAGACUCACCUGGUCCAUGUACUGAAGGUGAUUCUUCCAGGAGGCGUGUCUUAUGCAGAGGUGGGCGGGGCUUCUGCGGUCAGUAAAGUACACGCGGUUGAAGUGGGCAGAGCCAGGAGUCAUUCCGAUGCCUGGUUGUUACUGGGGGGAGGAUGGAGUCAGUGUUCACCCCGUUCACAGAUACUCAAAACAGGGUCUGAGGAUGCUACUGAGCACGCUCAUUCACCACGUUCAACAACUACAUGGUUUGGAGUGGAGAGCCAAAGGCAAGGCACGGGCCGGUGCAUGUCACUUUGGGUUCCGCAUACUGUGUACAGCCCCAAAGGAGAGGUGAGGAGAGGAAAGGACACAUCACUAGUAGUGGACCCAAGGAUCAUGGAGUGUUUUGGCCAUUAUCACAAAACACCCUCACCUGAGGAAGGCCCUGCCGAGGUUGAUCAAGCCCUGGAGUGUGUCCCAUAUCCAACUGGAGUCUUGUUGCUGAGAGCUAAAGUUGGACUUCCUGUGUCACAGGAAGUAGGAAGUGGGUAGAUGGCCAGCAGUGUUGACCGCAUGGUGAGUGACUUUCAUGAGCUCUCUAAAAUUUUGAUGAAAACUCUUCAAAAUGUGUAGUGAACCUUUUGAAACUUGUGUGUAGUAGCUUUAUCUCAAGUCUGCAAGUUGUUUUCAAUUUAUUACGCUUGUUAAAUAGAUUGAAAUUUGGAACUUGAAGCAGGUUGACUUUUGAAAUUCAGUGUUAAUUUUGGGGCACUUUCUGGUGACCCAGAAUUAUGACAAAAUUUGACAGACAUAUUUGGUAGGACGCUCUCUCUCAGCCAGAAGGGGGUUGCAACUCUCUAGAACAUUGUAUGGCCAAACAGGGCUGAAAUAGUAUGGGGAUUAGGCUUCCUUUGACUUAAUAUUCUGACCUCUUGACAUGUCAGCGCCACCACUCGAGCCGAU